AUGAGUUUACCGAACAGUGUCGAUAUGACAAACUUAAUGUCACAGCAUGGAAAUCCAUUAUUAGGAAUACCACCAGCUUUCUUUCUUAGAGCUGCUUCUGAAAGAUAUCAGAGAACUCCUAAGUGUGCUCGUUGUAGAAAUCAUGGUGUUGUGAGUGCGUUGAAAGGUCAUAAACGUUAUUGUCGUUGGCGUGAUUGUUGCUGUGCCAAAUGUACUUUAAUUGCUGAAAGACAGAGAGUGAUGGCAGCGCAAGUCGCACUCAGACGCCAACAAGCACAAGAAGAAAAUGAAGCUCGAGAGUUGGGUUUACUUUACCCAACACCAUCUAAUAUUGGUGGAAACACUCAUAAUGAAUCUCAACAAUCCACGGGUUAUCAUUCCGGAAUCCCAUCACCACCAAGUGAUUCAACCGAUCAAACAAGCAACAGAAAUUACGCAGGCAGUGAAUCAGACGUAGAAAUACAAAAGAUUCGUCAAGAUAAAAUCAAUCCAGCUUAUUCACCCGCACAAAGUGAACCUGAAAGUCCCGUUGGGAAUAAACGAGCACGACUUUCUGCUGAAACUGACCAUGACACCGGUUCAGAGUCGUCGCCAAGCAGUCCAAGAAUUAAAAACAAAUCAUUUUCAAUGCCGUUGUCACUUUCACCAUCGCGACAUCAAGCUUCACCCAGUUCACCAGAAAGUGAUUUAGAUGUUGAUGAUUCUGCGCCUGAUGACGUAGCACCGGAAAAUUUAAGCUUGAAAAAGAAGGAAAGGUCAAAAUCUCCCGCUGGAAAUAACAACUUUUCCAGCAAUUUAGGAUUUUUGCCAUAUCAACAACCGUACCACCAACCGAACAUUUCAACAUCACCAACACAGCGUUCACCAGUUGAUGUCCUUUUGAGAGUUUUCCCCAACAGAAGACGAAGUGAAGUUGAACAACUUUUAUCGAGAUAUCGUGGUGAUGUUGUGCAAGCGAUGGAGGCAAUGCUUUGUGGUGACGAUGCAAUGACCCCGAUCUCUGUCACUUCAUCAGCUUCAACAUUUAUGAAAUCAGCUUUUUCCCCAUUGAUUCCACCAGCAUUUACAGCUGCAGGUCGUUAUCCUUUCCUUCAACAUCAAGCGAAAAGAUUCCUUUCAGCACCUUACACUGGCACUGGAUACCUUCCUACCGUUCUCGAACCUGAUCAAAAUGACGUCAAUGGAAACUCGAAUGCUGGAGAUUCACAAGAUUAAUACACAAUGAUCUUUACCAAUGACAAUGAUAACUUAAGAUUCACGCUUAGUUAGACCAAGGAGUGAAAUUAACUUUAAAAUUUUAACUCUAAAAUGUUUUUCAUAGUUGUAUACGAUUUUUCGCUCUUAAAUAAGAAAUGGAUGUAAAAUGUAAAGUAAGAUGAUAAAAAAAAAGUUAUGGA